AUGGUCUCCAUGCCAGAAGUCAACAGGGCGACCUCCGGCACUGAGGAGCGAACAGCUACUAGAGAUGACGAAAUUGCUACUGACGAAAAGAAAAUCGCAAGCAAGGCCCCGGAUAGUACCGAAGUAGGGGUAGUAGAAGAAGGACCACAGAAGACGUACUACAGCAGUCUGUCUGUUUGGUUGAUGGUUUUGUUCUCGGGACUGGCAAUAGGUUCAGAUGGCUACAACGCCGCCGUCAUUGGAAACGUCGAACUGCUACUUGCAAUCCUUUACCCUGACGAUCUGACUACCACGAUAUACCAGAGGCUCUCCAAUGCUUUUCUGAUCGGCAUGAUUGUGGGAAUGAUACUUUUCGGCAUCAUCAGUGACCAACUUGGCCGUAAGACUGGUGCUGUGGCCACAACAAUCUUGCUGGUACUAGGCAUCGCCUUGUCGACUGCAGCCAGUGGUACCACGACCACAGGCAUGUUUUGGAUGCUUAUCAUUGCUCGUGGUAUUGCCGGUGUAGGCGCAGGAGGAGAAUACCCAGUCUCUGGAGCCGGUGCUGCCGAAGCGACCGACGAAGACGCCAAGUUUCGCAAAAGGAGGGGCUUCAUGUUUGCGAUGCUCGCAGACUUAUCAGCCAGUCUAGGAUAUGUUUGGGGAGGUUUGGUGCCUCUGCUGCUGCUGUUGUGCGUUGGCCAGCAAGUCUCAAAAUACCAUAUUGUUUGGCGAACCUCGUUUGCGUUGGGUAUGGCACCCCCCCUUCUCAUCUUCUGGUUCCGGAUGCGGAUGGCAGUCUCGACAGCGUACCGAAAGUCAGCAUUGCGGAAGCAGAGAAUGCCAUACUGGCUUGCACUGAAACGGUAUUGGCGACCGCUUUUAGGUGCAGCAUCAACAUGGUUCUUGUAUAACUGGAUCUCUAUUCCCUUCGGAAUUUUCAGCUCAACAAUCAUAUCAAGAGCCAACGUAGAGGAAAGUCUUGUUAAAACGCUCGGGUGGGGCGUAGUAAUCAACUGUUUUUACAUCCCCGGCCCUUUCAUCGGUGGGUACCUAUCGGACAAAAUUGGGAGACGUCAGACCAUGGCUUUGGGUUUUACGUUGCAAGCAAUUCUCGGUUUUGUCCUCGGAGGCGCGAUGAAUCCUAUCCAGGGUGUAUUUCCUCUUUUUGUUGUCCUCUACGGCAUAUUUUUGACGCUUGGCGAAGUUGGCCCAGGAAGUACCGUUGUUCUGAUAGCCUCCGAGUGCUUUCCCACGUCCAUACGUGGCCAGAUGAUGGGGCUUAUCUCGGCCUUUUCGAAAGCGGGAGCUGCGAUUGGCACACAGGUGUUUACUGCGAUUUUGAACAAGUACACCACCGAUCCAUCCAAGGGAAAUCAAGUUGCAUUUCUGAUUGGUUCUGGGUUCGCUGUUCUUGGUGCUAUCAUCGCGCUUUUCGUGAUUCCAGACAUCUCAAGGCACCUGAAUGACGACGAUGAAGCUUGGAAGAAGUACCUAGCUGAGAAUGGCUGGGACGCUCAAUGGGGCGACGAAGUGACACGCGAUCCGACCGGUGUUGUUAUGGAUAAAGCUGCGUUUUACAAGUGUCUUGACCGGAUGAAGAAGGAAGUUACCUCACUCAGGUAUCAGCCAACAACUCAAAGUAAAGAUACCUAUAGGUCAUCCGACGCCAGACAAUCCCCUGACUCUCAUUUGAAGAUCCACCACGGCGGAAUGAGUUUUGCAUGGCCUAUAAUUAACCAAGAGCCCCCUCCGCAACUUCUUCAUCUUAUGCAAAGUGGGAUUACCCAGCGCAAGAUGAAGCUACCAGUCAACUACUCUUUUGCUCUACUUUGGGGAGGAUUCUUGAAAGCUGGAGUCGAUGGACACGCCUCCCGUGGGCAAAUCCAGUGGAAUCAAGCUACUUCGGGGCUAGGAGCCAUAUCACAGGCUGAGCCUGUCAGUACUAAUCUCGGCUACACUAUCUACCCGAAGGAGAGUGCCUUCAAAGACAGCAGUGGACAUGGUACUUAUGCUGCUAGAUCAAUCGCCUCCAAGACGUGGGGUGUUGCUAAAAAGGCGCAAGUCAUUGCGAUAAAGAUACCUGCGCCAAACCAGGGACUUAUGUCCGAAUUCAUGGAAGGCUUUGCUUGGUCCGCGAAAAAUGUUAACGAAACGCUUGGCCGCGCAGCGAGUGCUAUCAACAACACUUUGAAAAGUCUUGAGACAAGCUCGGAAGCAGUGGAUGCCAUCACGGCCAGGAUUUUGGAGUUGUCUAAGCGCGGUACCGUUCAAGGAGUUCCGGGAACUGCCGGAUCCUACGACGAACUGAUGCGGAAUAAGCUGUUGACGAUGAUGCAAAGGCCGAAUGCCGCCGAGCGCAACUACGGGUCAAAAUUACAGGCAGAUAAUGGGUUCACUGCGAGCUUGAAUCGAAAAAUGCGCACCCAAUCCUUGCUUGGGAAAGGUGGCUCUGCAGAGUCUUGGACUCUGAGAAGUGUCUCCGGAGAAGAAUACAUCGUCCAGAUUGGUUUCCCAAGAGACUGGCAGAGUCGCAAUAGACAGGAACAUGAGGCUCCUAUCCCGGUUUUUUACCUUACGGAUGGAAACUCAGUGUUUCUAAGUGCUUUGGAAUCAAUGCAUCGCCAUUUAUGCAUGCGCUCUUCAGAUACCCAGGGAAUCGUAGUUGCUAUUGGCUACCCUAUACCCGCGGACUCAAGAUUUCUCUUGAGCGCCCGCAGAACUAGAGAUUUCACUCCACCUGCCCAUGGAGCAUCUGGUCAUGAAGGGGGUGCGGAUGUCUUCCUUAGCUUUCUGCAGAACAAAGUCAAACCUUUGGUUGCUCGGCGGCUUUACGAGACCCGGGGGGCGACUCUAGGCCGUGAAGCGCUAUUUGGACAUUCGUAUGGGGGGCUACUCUCUCUGCACGCCCUAUUCACAAGAACAGAUAUGUUUCACUGUAUCUUGGCCAGUAGCCCCAGCAUUUGGUGGAAUGAGAGUUACAUCCUUACCGAAGAAAGGCUUUUCCAGGAGGUUCAGGAGGAAAUAGAAUGUCAGAAGAAAAGUCCAUCGCUCAUGCUUUUUGUUGGAGAUGAGGAACAAAAUCCAACGAGGAGGAGAGGAGAGGGCAAUGACGAGUACAAUAGGAGGUUGAGACGACACCGUGGACUGCAAAUGGUUGAUAAUGUUAUCACCAUGCAUUCACGGUUACAGGAAAGCACUCGGCUAGACCAUCUCGCAAUGAGGGUUUACGAUGGAGAAGACCACGAAUCUGUCUUCGUCGCAUUGGAAACAUUCUCAGGGUACACCAAGCCUUGGCAUCCCGAGUAUUACCUCAGAAUCUUCGCACCGAAACCCGAAGCAUGUUAUUCUUGA